UUUUUUUUUUCUUUCUUUCUUUUUUUUUUUUUUUUUUUUUUUUUGUACUUGUUUUAAAAAAAACUAGUUCAUAAUGACUCAUUACAAUGUCACUCAACAGUUUAACUUGAGUUCGUUACAUACCGACCCUGAUCUCUAUGCUUUGAAGAGUCGAAAGAAGGUUGAUGAUCAUAUUGCUUCCACAAAUAGAAUAGCGUAUGUUGAAGCACUUGUUGAUAUAAAUGCGAUUGUGAUUGAGUCUAUUUGGAGCAACACAUAUACAACAAAAGAGACCCGAAUAUCGCCGGUAGUACCAUUGCGGACUUUUAUACAAGAAGUGCUUAAACGAUCUCGAACAACAUAUUCCACAUUACAAACGGCUUUAUUUUAUCUAUUUAGAGGCAGACCAACCAUCAUCAAUCAAUUACAGCAGAAUAAUGCAUAUAUCAGCUGUGGCAGAAGAAUGUUCUUGGCGAGUUUAAUCGUGGCUUCUAAAUUUGUUCAGGACAAAACCUACCGUAAUUCAGCUUGGGCAAAGAUAGCAGGUCUACCAGUGCAAGAAAUCAAUACGGCUGAAAGAUACUUUCUAAAUAAUAUUAUGGACUAUAGACUUUACAUCGAUCAAUCCAUAUUUGACCGUUGGCACAAAUUACUACAUAUAAGAACUGGAGCAAGAAUCCAUAAUAUACCUACCUCCAUGAACGAUCUCUCUUGUUUAUCAUUCACGCCAAAAUAUCAUCAUCAUUAUUCAUCCACUAUUCAAUGUACAUUAUCCACUUAUCCCACCAUAUCAAAUACUUCUAACGAUCACUACCAAUCUCCCACCUAUUCCUUACCCCCUCCCCCACUAUCGCUGCCUAGCUCUAUCUCUUCUUCUCCUGCUCAAACUCCUACUCAGAUCUCACCUGUCCGUAUCACACAACAACAGCAGCAGCAUCAUCAUCAUCAGCAUUAUCAGCAGCAUCAGCAGCAGCAUCAGCAGCAGGUUAAAAGAAAGCACGAAAGUAGAGAACACAUUGCUUUACUAGAUAAAAAGCAUUGUAGAUUCUGGCAAUAACUCUUCUUUUUUUCACACACACACACACACACACACAAAUACACAUAUGCGUCUAAAUAAAUUACAUAUUAUUAUCCACA